UCAAAAAGCAGUAGUUACCCUUACAGGGAUUCAGAUUUUCUUUAAUAUACUUGUUUCUGAUAAAGAAAUCAUAGACGAGUUUAAAAUAAAAAUAGACACAAUUCUCUCUAGUAUUAUAAAUACUUAUAAAAUAGAAUAUAUUAAGGCCUUCUCCUUGCGCGGUUACUAUACAGAAAAAAAGUUAUAUUUACGAAUUUUUAUACUCGGUAGUGGGGAUAGGAAAAAAGCUCUCCAAGCUAUCCAAGAUAACAAUUUUGAAACCGCUUCAGAUAAUAUGUUCUCAUUCCACCGUAAAAUAGCUAGAAAAAAUGGAAUUGUGAUUUCUG